CCCCUCUCACUCUCUCACUCCCUCAGCCUUUAUACAACCCUCCCUCGCACAGACUCGCAAGCGGAGAUAGAUCGAGCUGCUGCUGCUCUGCUCUGCUCUGUCUAUCUGCCGUCGUCGUCUGUCGUCCUCUCUCUCUUCGCCCUGCCCUGUUCUGAUCUGCUCUGCUCUGCUCUGGUCUCGUCCAAUUGGCAAAUUGGCGCUCCACCACAAUCCGCCGCUGCGCUCGGGUCGCAGCAGCAGGAGGAGGAGGAGGAGGAGGGAGGAAGGAAGGGAGCACGAGGUGACAGCAGCAGUCGGAGGAAGGCAAAAUGAGAGAGAUCUUGCACAUUCAGGGGGGCCAAUGCGGCAACCAGAUCGGAGCCAAGUUCUGGGAGGUGAUCUGCGAUGAGCAUGGAAUCGACCCCACGGGGACGUACCAUGGAGAUUCGGAUCUGCAAUUAGAGCGGAUCAAUGUCUACUUUAAUGAAGCCAGCGGGGGUCGCUACGUGCCCCGCGCUGUGCUCAUGGACCUCGAGCCCGGAACCAUGGACUCGGUGCGCUCGGGCCCUUACGGCCAGAUCUUCAGACCCGACAACUUCGUCUUCGGACAGACUGGAGCAGGAAACAAUUGGGCCAAAGGGCACUACACUGAGGGCGCGGAGCUCAUCGACUCGGUUCUCGACGUCGUCCGCAAGGAGGCCGAGAGUUGCGAUUGCCUCCAGGGAUUCCAAGUGUGUCAUUCCAUGGGAGGGGGAACCGGGUCGGGAAUGGGCACUCUGCUCAUCUCCAAGAUCCGCGAGGAGUAUCCCGACCGUAUCAUGGUCACAUUUUCCAUCGUGCCAUCGCCAAAGGUGUCCGAUACCGUCGUAGAACCGUACAACGCAACGCUCUCAGUGCAUCAGUUGGUCGAGAACGCCGACGAGUGCAUGGUGCUCGACAACGAGGCGCUCUACGAUAUCUGCUUCCGUACUCUCAAACUCACCACCCCUACAUUCGGAGACCUGAACCAUCUGAUAUCGGCGACGAUGUCGGGAGUGACGUGCUGCCUGCGGUUCCCGGGGCAGCUGAACUCGGACUUGCGCAAGCUGGCGGUGAACCUGAUCCCGUUCCCGCGGCUGCACUUCUUCAUGGUGGGCUUCGCGCCGCUCACGUCGCGCGGCUCGCAGCAGUACCGCGCGCUGACGGUGCCCGAGCUGACGCAGCAGAUGUGGGACGCCAAGAACAUGAUGUGCGCGGCCGACCCGCGCCACGGCCGCUACCUGACGGCGUCGGCCAUGUUCCGCGGCCGCAUGUCCACCAAGGAGGUGGACGAGCAGAUGCUCAACGUGCAGAACAAGAACUCGUCCUACUUCGUCGAGUGGAUCCCCAACAACGUCAAGUCCAGCGUCUGCGAUAUCCCCCCCAAGGGCCUCAAGAUGUCGUCCACCUUCAUCGGCAACUCCACCGCCAUCCAGGAGAUGUUCAAGCGCGUGAGCGAGCAAUUCACGGCCAUGUUCCGGCGGAAGGCCUUCUUGCAUUGGUACACGGGCGAGGGCAUGGACGAGAUGGAGUUCACCGAGGCCGAGAGCAACAUGAACGAUCUUGUGUCCGAGUACCAGCAGUACCAGGACGCCUCGGCCGACGAGGAGGGAGAGUUUGAGGAGGAGGAGGAGGCGGCGGCUUGAGCUCCGCCCUCCCCCUAAGUUUAGACUUAAGAAGAAGCAUCGACCGAUCGAUCGACGUCCCUUCGAUUGGCUCGAGCAACGGUGGGGUCGGACUUUAUAUAUAAUACAAUUUGGUGGUGUGGUACACGCGAAUUCAUUCUGCAGGAACGAAGCGCACUCGGGCGGACACGAGUGCUGUUUCUUAUGAGAUUAAAUCUCUCGUGUGAUUGAGGGAGGGAGGAGGAAGGAGCGAGCGGGUGCCUGCUGAGCGCUCGGGUGCACCCGGCAUGCGCUGGCAUGCACGAUCUAUGGCUGGCUAGCUAGCUCUAGUUCGCAAGGUAGUCGUCAGUCGGUUGGCAUCAUCGGAAUUUUCGAAAGUGGAGCAGCAGGAGGAGGAGGAGGAGGAGGAUUACCAAACACGGAGCCGCAGUUGUACACAUUGAAUGCAUUGAAUCGUAAAGAAUAAUAUGGAUUUGACUGAAGACGGAUAUGGAUGUGUGGCGAUUUGGUAGCUAGAUAGAUGAGAGGACGGAGGGAGGGAGGCAGCAGGCAAUGCAAUGCAAGGCAAGCCACGGGAGGCGAAGAAGCAUACUUUUAUUAUGUAGGUAGAUCAGAUCAGAUAAGACAUUCAUCAUGUGUAGGCAAAUUUAUGUACUCUUAGCACGUAACCUUCAAGAACACUAGACCAAGUUUAUUUUCAAAUUUCCUUUCCUCCUCUCCCUCCCUCCCUCCCUCCCUUCCUCGAUCCUCGUUCCUCGAUCAAUUUCUGUCCAGUCCAAUCCAAUCCAAUCCUCACCAGACUAGAACACAGACCAUACCAGACCAGACGGGGCCGGAGAGAUUCGAGGCGACAAUAAACUGAUCACAGAACCUAUAGCCCUCUAGCCUUACAAACUUGAAAUGCCAUCAUGUACGACGCGUUCUAGAGAUCUGGAGCUGGAGCCUCAUCAUUUAGUUCACUCUCUAUACAGAAGCCUAGUUUCCCUACCCCAGAGGCCCAGUCUGAUACUUAGGGUGAGUCAUCCUCUUUCCCUUUCGAUCCGAUCCGAUCCGAGACGAGCGAGCACUUGCGUACCACCGGUUGAAAGAAUUUUCAUCAUCCUUGAGAUGACGACGGUAGCUAGCUAGCUAGGCUCAGCCCUCCUUUUGAUCUCCAGCCCGAUGUGUCGUUCUCUUGUGUCAGUGAUCUCUCUCUCUCGCUUUAAUGUCCUUAGUUUAAAUUUUGCGGAACACAGCAGCCACUUUCUCUUUGCCCCUCACGCCUUCGAAUGUCCGUCCCAUUCAGUCAGAUUGGUUCAGCUAGGUUUAGGAGGAACCAACCAACCAUAUGUGAAUAUUUUGCCAUUUUAUAAAGUGAUUAUAUUAAAUUC